GGCUCCACCCCUCCAUCCCUCCGGAGCAUGUGGUUCCCAUCGCUCCUGUUGCUGUGUUUUUAGGAGUGUGAGGGAGGACAACUUCGGUCCAAAUGGAUCGAUUGCUCAUUUUCAGCCAUUAGAGUAGUCUUUUGUAAUCUCUAUGGGCGACAUUUUUGUCUCUCGCUGCUUUCAUUAAACUCACAAGUGUCGGUGAAGUCUGCUCCUGACAGGUGCGCAGAGAGGAUGGGCAGACGAGAGGCGGACAGCAGAGGCGCAAUGAACACAAGCGACCACUCCGAGCUCGGUUGUCUGCAGGAGGCGGCAUCUAGCGACCAUCAGGCCGGUGAUGAGUCUCCGAUUCUGAGCGAAGGAGAAAACAAACCGGGCAUGGAGACGGCGGUCCGUCCGGUGGCGCAGACUGUCGCAGCUGAGCCGAUGGAAGUGAAGAAGCACCAGCAUAAGCACAACUUAAAACACCGCUACGAGGUGAUGGAGACUCUGGGGAAAGGCACAUACGGCAAAGUGAAGAAGGCGGUGGAGAAGACAAGUCUGAGGAUGGUGAGUGUUGACACGGUGCAGAAAUGUAACACAGGAUUUGUGCUUUAGGGGUGCUUAAAGCAGCUGCAGUUGUAUAGGCUUAUUGAGAUAUCACUGGAGCAGAAUAUCAGUGUCUAAACUUAAGAAUUGAAGUCUUCUCUGUUUAGAUUUCCCUUCCAGUCUGAACCAGUGUCUCUACUUUAUGAACAGAUUGUGAUUUAUAGUUUCAUAAUUGUCUUUAUGGUGAUAUUAUAGUUGCUGCACAUAAUGUAUGGAGUAUUAAAUUAUCCUGCAACUAUCACCAGUGUUUAACUUGCAGGAUAAAAUGUGUUGUCCACUCCUGCUGACUCCCUAAAAGCUUUAUAGAGAUGCUGCUGUCUCUCGUGGUUAUUAAGUAUUUAUGCAGAGGAGGAGUCCAGCUUGUUCCUGUGUGUUCAUGUUUGUGUGUCUGAGCUCAUGGGGCUGAUGCUGAGCACAGUUCUUGCUUCCUGUGCUGCCAGGCUGAGAUUCCUUUAGUCUGACUCACUCAGCACUCGAACAAGGGGAUAAAAUUACAACAAUAGGUCCCUUUCCAAUAGGAGUUGAACCUUCCCACACACACUAAUGCUCACACACAUACGCAGAUAUACUGUUUCUGUUCACCUUUACAUGCUAAAUUCCCAGGCUUUAAUAUUGAGGCUUUAAUCCAUGGCUCUGACCAGCACAAAGAGACAGAUUCCUCUUUAGCCUAGAAUUCCCCCUCUGUUUUUAAGUAAACAAACACACUAUAAUAAGGAUAAUCUGUGAGCCAAUCAAAUCGGGGAUGUUGGAUUGGCAGAAUUUCUCUGUGAGAGAACAACAGACGGAUGGGAGAUUGAUGGAAGAAUAUACAGAGCGGUGGAGAAUAUCUAGGUAAUGUAAUGUGUAUAAAGGAUGUGGAGGUACGCAGGGUGAAUGGGUUUGAUUGGUCAAGAGGGAAAUGCUAAAUUCUUUGAGCUAGUAGCCAGCACAUACCGAGGAUUCUUUGAAACAAAACCGACAUUAUUUUUGGAAACAAGAGCAGGGGGCUGUUGUUUGAGUGCGAGAAGGAGACUGUUUUAGAGCACAGAGGAGGAGGAGGAAGAGGUCUGAGUAAUGUAGAGAAUGAAAUCGAGGGGAAAAAUGUGUCAUAAAUGUGUCUCAGAGGUUGCCUAAGUUGGUAAAGUUCGAAAAAUGUAACACUACCACGUUCUAAUGUUUACGAAAGGUUAUUAAACUUCUUGAAGAGAAAAUCACUUGUCAGAUUUUUGACAUUAACUAAUUUAUCUGCCAAGGAAAGUGAAACUAUUGGUUAACUUAUUAGCAUGAAGAAUGGACAUAGCUUUCCAAAUCUGGCUCCAAAGUGUAAGGUCUUUCACAGAUAUGAUGAUUAAAUGUAAGGCUAAAUUUCACCCAGAAAUCUGCUAGUGUCCCAAAACACAAAAUGACCACAACUUUCAAGUCACAUGUCCUAUAAUGGUUAUAAUGGUUAUAAAUGAGUAGUCAUCUUUGAAAAUACUUUUAUAUAUAGCACUUUAAUGAGGGUCAUAGUUUUCGAAAGGGACAGUGUGUGCGUGUGUUGCUGCAUCUUGAGGUCAGGGGUCGAUUUGGCAAGAAGCCUGUGUAAUCCUGCUGUUAAAUCGUUCACAGAUGCUGCAGGGAUCUUUACUGAUGCUCCAGCUCUUGGGAUUUGUGUUUUAGUGUUUGUGUGUCUGUGUGUGCGCCACAGUUUGUAUGUGAGAAUAACAGGACAGGAAGUAAGUGAGCAGCCACCCCAAAGCCCCAUCGUGACUCAGAUAAAGCCCAAGUCUGUAGUUCAAUCAUGAUUUGUUUAUCGGGGAACUGACACUGAUGCAACAAGUUUGCACCUUUCUGUGCAUACUGGUCAUUUUAAAACACGUGCUGUCUCCUAAUAAAUGCAUGAAGCAAGUAAGUUUUCUGUUAGCUACAAGCAUUCAGUAACAGCUUGGAGAUUUUGGCCAAAAUUGCACAAGCAGCACAUUAUUAGGAUGAACAAUGAACCGUUGUUGGUUAGGAGGAAGCCCUCAAGAUCAUGCUUGGAGAUGACGCAAAAUGCAGCACAUUUGUUUUCACUACAGUGAGGUCAGACACAUAUAUCCGCUCUCCCACUGCGCAUUUAUACCUCUUUAAAAUGUUUUCAGUGGAAACAGCUUCCGCAAACGUUGCCUCUGGUUUUCCCAGCAGCUCAUUUCAAUCUCUGCCCUUCUUUUCUUUCCUCCUUCCAGAGCUAGCAAGUAUUUGGGUCAGAAAACAUUCAUGAGCAUGCAAGCGUACACAUGUUAAUAGCUACGAGAGCUUGGACAUGCGCCACUCAUCAGACAGCCACUGAGUACGUGUGGCUUAAUCUCUGACCCAGCACCGAGUUUUAGUGCUAAAUCAGUCUGCAGAUGUGAGACAGGUCCUUACACAUCAUCACAAACCCUGAAAAUUGAAUAUUCUGUUUCACUGAUAGCGUCACGCUGGUUAUAAAAGGUUAAGGUCAGCGUAGAAAGUUCCCUGGAGUGUGCUUGAAUUGUGUUGCAUAACCUUUGUGGUUGAUGGAGCGUGUGAAUUGUGUCCUCUAAUGUCUCGUAGACGUUUUUUUUCCAGCAGCUGAGAAUUCUGGAGUUAUGACCCAGUAAAGAGGAACGCUCAUCCUCGGGGUUAUUGUAAAGGUUGACACAAUAACACAGGGAUAUGAUGGUCAGUGCUAUGUUAAGCUUUAUUAGUACAUUACACAACACCUCUCAGUGGUUUGUUGUCCCAUUUUGAGGUCUUUGUAUUCCUAAAUAGGACACUAUGAUGUCUUUGUUGCUAUGCCCUGUCUUGUCCUUGUUUGGUGCCACAUUUUGGUGGCAGUAACUCUAUCCAAAGAGGUUUAUGGGCUCCUGUUGUGUCGUCUGUUUCGGUGUGUGCGUGCGUUGGUUGUAUGGGGGUUACCUUGGGGUACAGUGAGGGCCUGGGAUUAAUGAAGCAGAGUGUGAACAGUGCAGCUGUCAACCUUCUGCCUCUGAGUGAGCUCGGAUCACUGCAGACCUGCUCUCAACACCCUGCCCUUAAAACCCACAUAAUCACCACUAAUACCCACAGAUUUAAUUUGUGUAUAUAAAUAUGUGUGUAUAUGGUGUGCUUGUAUAAUUGUAUCAACAGUACUAUUCCUUUGUUUUCAUACAUGCCGGCACAAGUAACACAGUUAAGUGUGCAUGUAUCAGUGUCUUAACUGAUACUGAUUACUGUAAAAUGAAAGCAGGGUUAGAUUUUUUGUUAUCUUUCAUAGAAAAAUUGUAAAAACAUUUCUUUUUCUCAGAAAAAUUUAUGCUUAUUUCAAGAUUAACAUCAGCAACAUGUUUAAAAACAGCUGUGACAGGGACAUGUUUACAAUUGCGCUGCACCAGCUCUUCUUUAAAACUUUAAAACUUUAAAAUAGAAGUUUGUGAACUAGUUUCUCAGGUUUGGGAAGUGAAAAGUUGUCCCAUUCUUGCCUGAUAGAAGAUUUCACUGCUCAACACUCCAGGGUUAGGCUCUGUAGUUUUUUUUGAUUCAUGAUGCUCCAAAUAUUUUCAACAGGAAGGCGAGUUUAGCACCAGGACCCUUCUACUACAGAGCCACGCUGUUGUAAUAUGCGCACAACGUAAUACGUGUCCUCUCUUUCAGGUGGCAAUUAAGUCAAUCCGCAAGGAGCGCAUCACAGAUCAGCUGGAUAGAGUUCACAUCCAGAGAGAGAUUGAGAUCACCUCCUCACUCAGACACCCCAACAUCAUACGCUUCCACGAGGGUAAGUCUGCAAACACAACACACAGACACACACAUAUCAGACUAGGAGCAGUGUAAAAAUCUUAAAUUCUGAUAAGCGAAUUGAUAAAGUAACAAGUAUAAAAUGAAAGUAGGUGUCAUGUAUUGGAUAUUCUGUGACAAUCUGAAUAGUGUUACCAGUAUUCUGCUUUUUGACAAACAAAUUUAUAUUAACAGAGCAAAAAAAUGAUAUUUUGGAUGUUUUAUGGACAGAAGUAGGAGCAUAUCUGUGGUUUCUCUUCAUAGGAUUGGUUUUUAAUCAAUAAAGAAAUAAAGAACUAUCAGCCUCAUCAGUUUGAUAAGAAUGAGACAUGCAGUGCAUACAGUGUGAGCAGAUUUUAACAUAAUACUUCAUAAUUGGGACACAGGGAACAAUCAGUUCUGCUCAUUUUAACUCACAUUUCUGAACCGCAAAGUUUCAUGUCAUAAACUUUAAUCAGGCAGGGAUCUUUCUGACAGUGUGCAUGACUUUUGGUUUGUGGAUGGAAACUAAACAUUCACCCAAGGGAUAGAAGUCAACAAACUCUAUGAAUCUGAUAUAUACCGUACAUUUAUCCAGCCUUAUACUCCCUCAACUUCCAGAAUCUCUUGUAACCAUGCAGCAAAGAUUUGAGGCUACUACUGCAGUAACCUUUCUGCAUAAUGCUGUUGUGAAAAUGCGCACUUUCUGUCCUGUGCAGUGUUUGAGAGUCGGGAUAAAAUUGUGAUCGUGAUGGAGUACGCCAGAAGAGGAGAGCUUUACGACUACAUCCAGGAGAGAAGACGACUGCCAGAAACAGAAGCCAGAGGCAUCUUCAGACAGAUCACAUCUGCUGUCCACUACUGCCACAAGGUCUGCAAACACACACGUACACACAUAGACGUAUUCAUGCUGCAGAUAAACAAAUACUGUCUGCCAGUACACCACUGGAAUGCAGUAUGAGUUUUGGAACAACAUGCAGCACGUGCUAAAUUACAUGCAGCGGUAUUUAACUGUGCACAAGCAAAUACAGUACCACCUAAUCCACUAAAUCCUAAUCAGGAAAUCCUUCAGGAAAACUUGACUUAAAUUUUCAGAUCUCUCUGGGUUAAGAGCGCAUUAUCCCCUCAAUGUUUUUUACAGUCACACACUGACACAUUUCACAAACAUGCUGCCUCAAUAAGCUUCCUUCCUGCCUACAAAUUACAGUAAAGCUCCAGCAAAGAAAGAAAUUCUUUGUUUUUAUGGUCGGGUUUACAUCAAGUCAGCAGCAGUGUCAAGAUCUGGGAUUUAUCCAGGAAACGCUUUAAUUCUUGGAGUGCCAUUCAGUCAAAUAGUGGGAAAAAGAAAUGUUCUUGUUUUCAUAUCGCUCGUGUUUUGGCAAGUGUGCUUCUUCAUUAAUCACAGGCAUUGUAUCGGGAGACUGUCAUCCAGCUCCUGAGCUCCUGAUGCUUAAUUCAUGCUCCUCAUGCCCUCAAAUAUUGUCCCAAAAUAGACAUGAAUGUUCCAGCAUGAAUGAAUUAUUGACUAUGCCUCUGAGGUAUGCAGGGCACAUGGAUGGCUUACCGAGGCUUUAUAAGAAGAAUAAUACACAGUCAUCUGCUGCCUCUUUUUUUUUUACUGCUUUUUCCAGAAAGGACAUUAGAAGUAGCAAGACUAACAACCUGGUUAACCACAUGCAUUUCUUUCCUCUGUUCCCCUCUUUUGCAGUACCUCUGCACAUGCGCAUGCAUGGGACAAACAUUUUAAACAUCAUGGGUUGUUUCCUUCACUUAAAGUACCGUGAAGAUCCUUCAGUUGUAAAAAGAAAGGGUUCAACUUUGCCUCAUUUGAGUUUGAAAAAACUGGCAACAGCUCAGUCUCCUGGGGGGGGCCAAAGUUAUCCACAGGGGUAUUGUCUAGUUUUAUGAUUUGCUUCCUUACUCGUGUCACAGGAACGCAUACCAGCGAUCUUCCAACUCUUUCCUCCUCUCAAAACCUCCAGCUGUCGACACUCUGUGGUCCCUCACUGGCCUCCAGGUGCUUAAUGCCACCGGGAGAUCAAAUCGCAUCUCAUCAGAUGAAUUAACCCAAACAAAACACUUCCUCAUGCCUGUGGAUGAUUAAGCAAACUGAGAGCCUUUCUCAAGGCGUCAGACACAUGGCCCCGCGACACGAGGCUGGAGUGGAAUGUUAAUGGUUUUGAAUACACUGUAAAAAUGAAAAAGGCGCUUGGUUGGUGUUGUACACUUCAGAGCCCUCAGUUUAAUUUUGCACAUUAAGAGAGAGUAUUUGACUGUUAAGAUGAAGAGUAGCAGCGCAGGACCUUAUGUGUUUUUUGCUGUCUUGCAGAAUGGUAUAGCGCAUCGAGAUCUCAAGCUGGAGAACAUCUUGUUGGAUCAAGAUUUGAAUGUUAAGGUAAGUCCUUAAACCGAGACACUAUCUGUACUGUAAUAAUUCAUCAAAUUUAUUAUAAUGAAUCAACCAAAUAUCCUUUGUUUUGGAUCAUAAAGGCAGACAGAACAAUGACAAACGGUCCGAUACAUUUACGGUGUCAGCUUUUUAAACUGCAGCUUUAGUCAGCAAGGAUUGGAGCUUCAUUUAGAGCAGCUGGCAACAGAUUUCCAUACCCUGUCCAAGAUCAACAGCACAUUCAAAAUAUACAUUAAACAGAACACCCUCUGUCUACCCACAGUGUUUUAAUGUGUUGUUAAGGCAUGCACACUGACCCAGCACAAACAUACUUCCAAGUCUUAUAAAAAUAUCCAGGGAUCUUUUAUUUUUCCGUAUUUGGGUUUUCCUCUCCUUAUAUGGGAGCUGUGCUCAGCCAAAGGAGGAAUUCAGGGAAUCCAGUGGCAAUCGUGCCAAUCACAGGGUUUUAAUUUAAGUCAGCUCAGUCUGCCCAUCGAGAAAAAAAAAAACACCAUUUGUAAACCUCUCAGCAGCUCCUUAUUCACUGCUAACCUUAGACCCACCAUGGCAGCCCCUCCGAGGACCUGCAGCAGGAAGUGACAGAGCCCUUUUGCAAUGCAUGUGGCUGUUUUGUCCACACAAUAGCUGUUUCCAAGUAUGUGAAGAAUGCAGGUUAAAGCAUUCGUUGGUGAAACACUUAAAGGCAUAGAUUACACUUUAACAAAUACCUAUACUGUAUCAAAACCUUGAAUACUUGUUAUUGUAGGUAGAGGUGAGGGAAAUCUGCUGCACAGAAAGUGUCUUGUGUCGGAUUUAGAAUGUAGAGUUAUAUGUUUUGAGUUAGUGAUUAUGUUACACCUGAAUAGUUCGCCAUGACACAAGUGUCCCCUGGUGUGAUCCGUCUUAUCCACAAAGCCACAGAGACAAACACAUUUUAUCUUUUUGCUUAGGUACAGCCAGCGAUCAGAGACCUUUUUUUCGUUGUAGGUUGAAUCAUCAUUAUAUUACUCACUAUGAAUCUUUGCCAUGUACAUACAACUACACUGAACAAAAAUAUAAACACAGCACUUUUGUUUUUGCUCCCAUUUUUUAUGAGCUAAACUCCCAUUUUAAACUCCGAGCUAAAUUGGAAUUGACCUGCAGUGUGAACAUAGCUUAUGGCACACCUGUGCAAUAAUCAUGCUGUCUAAUCAGCAUCUUGAUAUGCCACACCUGUGCAAUAAUCAUGCUGUCUAAUCAGCAUCUUGAUAUGCCACACCUGUGAGGUGGAUGGAUUAUCUCAGCAAAGGAGAAGUGUUCAUAAACACAGAUUUAGACAAAUUUGACGACAGUAUUUGAGAGAAAUAGGUCUUUUGUGUACACAGGGAAAGUCUUAGAUCUUUGAGCUCAGCUCAUGAAGAAUGGGAGCAAAAACAAAGUUUUAUGUUUUACACUCGCCUGAGAGUCUAGGGUCCACUCUGACUUAAUGCAGACCUUUUCUUCUUUCUGCAUAGACAUUCCUCUCUUCAUCCAAAUGCUGUGUUUUGUAAAAUGAGAGUGUCUGAAAGAGUUAGAUAGAUGUCUGAAAAGCACAUUAAAAGAAAAUAUCAGAGCUUUGAUGUUCUGAUAUUGUCUUGGAUUCAUGUUUGAAAUAUAGUAUGUACUUUGUAGAUGUUGCUUUAAGAAUCUGGCCCAGUAACCAGAUGGAAAAAGCAUAAAACUACUCAAAAAAGGACCUUAUGAAUUGUAUUAAGUAAAGAUGGCAGGCCAUGCAGCAAAAAACAAUUAUUAACAAGUUUCUUUACCUCAAAGAAAUUAAGAAAAUACCUUCAGUAAAUUUAAAAGUAGUGGUUUUAAAAUCUAAUCGAAAAACAUAAAGGUACACCAAACAGUUACUCAAUUACGACAGCAUGAGUACAUGUAAUUUCUUACUUUGACUCCUGAGUAUCAGUAGAAAAUAAAAAAGGUAAACCAAUCACCCAGGGAUCGAGGGAUCAAUAGGAAGUAGCGCAGAAAUAGUUUGUGAUCGAAGAUUGUAUCAGAUCAUUGGUCAGCUUAACAGGGGGGCCUUUUGAAUGUCAAAUCUCAUAAACCAAACACCAUAAAGACCAAGCUCCUCUUUUGUAGUUGUACCCAGUUUCACUUUCACCUCACAUGACUUUCUUACAAGACUCUCAACAGGUAGUCCGGAAACUCAGAAACAGUCCAUUUCAGUCCAUGAGAUCUGGCUUCUCACAGCGGUCCAUGUAAUCCCCAGGCACGUGUACGAGGCUCGUUUGUAUGUUUGGAAUAAAGAGCGCGUCUAAUACAAGCAUCCAGCACUGAGGAAUGUCUGAAAUGUGCACAGAAUCAUAAAAGGGAAUUUACACAGCAGGAUGUACACACACAAACACACAGUAGUUUGUUGAAUUUAAAGCUGAAUAAACAGCUCUCAUGCUCAGUCGAGAUGUUAUUAUGAUUAUUGCUGCUGCGUAAAUAACACGAACUCAUGCAUACACUGUGUCUCUGUCUAUCUGUGGGGUCUCUGUUCCUGUUAACCUCAGCUCCACGGAAAUAAAGCUGUCACUUUGAGUAUUUUUAACACCGGAGGAGCUGAUAGUGGGCUGGCGCUCAUGUUAAUAAUCUCUUCAGAUAGAGAGGAGCCUCGGUAUGUCUGCGUAUGGCUCUCACAGCUCUUGAGUGAGUGAUUGUUCCAUUACGUGUGUAAGCAGCCUGAUGUUUUUGGCCCUCUUCUCUCCCCUCACUCACACUUCCAUUGGCAAAAGCUCAGUGUGCCUACUUUAAAAGGAACUGCUUUGGGUUUUAUUGCCACAUGGGUGAGAGUUUGCUGUACAAACUCAUAGAAAUGGAAUCUGGAUGGGGAUGCAGUGUUUACAGUUUGGUGUAUUAUCCUGUGGAGUGAUUGGUCCAGUUUGUUUGUUUUUUACAUAUUUUUCAAGAACUGAUUAUAUUAAUUUUGGUUCUGUCGUUAUUUGUUAUAAAACACUAUUAUCACUUCUUUGUUUGUCCACUUUUGUGGCACUUACGACACCUUAGAUUGAUCACACUGUGUACUUAGUGUGCAGUGUUUGACAGGACCUCUUCCUAGAGUCCACAGACUCUAUUUACUGCUGAGGGGGUGCAUUGACGGAACAAAAACAAAAGGCUGGACAGUGCUGUAAAACUGAGUGGUGGUAUAGCUUAGAAACCAGUACGCAGUAUUACAUGACAGAUUCCCGUCCACAAAAAUAUGCACUUUGACCUUGGGGAGUGGAGAGGUGUAGAACGCCGUGACCGCUGACUUAAAAAAACAAUCAAAUACUUUGUUGAAGCUUCUCAAUCAUGGAAGUCACAGUCUGAAUUCUGGUUCUUUGUUGCGUUUGCUUCCAAAAGUGACACAUUAGUAACAGUAUUACUUCUUAGCAUUGCCACCAUUAAGACAAUGGGCUCUAUUUUCGUUAGCGCCGGUGAGGCGGCGGAGGGCGGCGAGCCCCGCGCAGUUGUAUUUUCGUCUGGCGGAGCCCGGCGUAAGGCGAGUUUGGUAUUUUCGUGGACUGAGUCGCAGGGAGGCGAGCCGAGAUCCGCCAAGCUGGGCGUGGUGGCGUGGCAGGGGGAGGUGUUGACAGAAUCAGCUGGCGCAGUGACAUUUUCGUGCUCGCCACCGGCGUGUAACGUGCGCUGAAAGCUCGCCGAUUCAAACCUGGUCAGCUUUCAGCGCAAGGCGGAACGCAGCUGGUCUAGUAGUAUUUUGGUAGACCGGCGGCGUAUCGACAUACGUCACUGAUGCCUCACCGGCAGGUUUCCACAGUGUCAGGCACAUUUCAGUGCACUAAAUAAUCAUCAACAACUAUUAAUCUGAGUCAGCACAUACAUUUAGAUCUAUAUCGAUAUAUUCUGAUCUAUAUCUGAUCUGAUGAGCGCGUUUGGCACGCGUUUGGCACGCGUUUGGGCACACAACCUGACCGAAUCAAUACAGCUGAAACUGCAUCAAAUUAAAUUAAAUAUCUAGUAAAUAAACACACGAUGAAGUUAACAAGAUAUGUAAUGUGUCUCCCUCCUUUUCUUUCUUCCUCUUAUUUCUCGCACAGCUCGACCUGGACACGUCUCCGUGUCCUCUGUCUGUCUUGCUGCAGCUGCUGCGGCUGAACAGAUGAUUUGUUUCAGUGCUCAGAUGCGUUAUCUACUUUAAGCCGACAUACGGAUAUUAUAAUAUUCAGUUUUGUGGGCCACAUUUAUUUUAUAUGCCAACAUCUAUGAAAGAAAGAGCCAGGCCACGGAGCGCGAUGCGUCAUUUACGCACAGAUGGUUCCGAUUUUAAUGCCAUUUUUGGAGUUUAUGUUGUGAUCUGUGCGCUAAACCCACCUUUGUCACGUGAGGUUUGAAUAUGAGCAACUUUAUGUGAGUGUCUUUUUUGUGGAAAAGGGUGUUUGUCUUACCAGUGGGUCCAACAUUACGCACACCAAAUCUAUCUGUGCUCAGAUGAGAGAGUGUGGAGGACACUUGUUGAGCAGCUGCCCUCUGUCACCAUUGUGUGGCAUAACUGUCUUCAGACAUCUCUUGAUCUCUUUGACUACUUCAUGAAAAUAGUAAUACGCCUCGCCAGUGGCGGAUUUAAAGGCAAGGAGAGGAGCUUAUGUGAUUGGUGAAAACAGGUCUCGGCUGUGUUAAACCCCCUAUACGCCCUCUCUCCUCCCCGUCUACGACUUAUGCUGCCGGGAGGAGCUGAGUUAGGGAGGGGGGAUACUUACGCCGGGCUGCGCGGCUCACCAAAAUACCAAAAUGUGCUUGGGAACCUUGUCAGCGCGGCGGAUCUGAUUGACGCUGUGCUUGCGGCACGUCUUCGGCGAGGCACCAAAAUAGAGCCCAAUAUGUCUUUCAUUGGUUGUCUGCUAUUACAAAUUUUAGGGUAUUUGUCAAACAAUGACAGUUUUCUAUUGUCCCCCUCUCUUUUCUAUCCUCAUUGCUGUACCGGUCUGGUACCAUAACCAAUUUUGUCAAACGCUUGUUCAUAGUGGAUUAUUUCAUGUUUCAUGUCAUGUUUCAAACUUGGUACUUAAAAAAAGAGAAAAAUAAUUCUGAUCAAAAUAUCCCUUUUCUUCUCUUUUUCUCUACAGCUGGCAGACUUCGGCCUCUCCAAUCAUUUCCAAAAGGGCAACCUGCUGCAGACAUACUGUGGGAGUCCACUCUAUGCUGCCCCAGAGAUAGUGAAAGGUCUGCCAUACCAGGGGCCAGAGGUGGGUCGACACACCCAGCCACUAGAGGAAAAUGUUCAACACAUGGUGUAUGCGUUAUCAAGUUACAUAAGGGCUGUGUUAAAACUGUAAAGCUCUUUUGAUGCACUGUUACAUAAUGUGUAUUGUGCAGCUUGCCUAAAACAGUAAGAUGGGUACAUUGAUUAUUUACAUUGAAGUGUCUCAUUUGUCCUUGUAUUUGCUGCAACAGAACCUCAGCAAAAAUUAUUUAAAUUAAGUAGACGACAUCUGAAGUUUAUGCCUUAUGUCGCCUGAGAAAAUGUGAAUAAUGUGCUAAGAGGUGUAUGUUUUUUCUUUGCUAGGUGGAUUGCUGGGCGCUGGGUGUGUUGCUGUAUGCUCUGGUGUACAGCAGCAUGCCAUUCGAUGGGGCCAGUCACGCCACACUCACAAAACAAAUCAGCCAAGGGCGCUACAGAAGACCCAACCCCCCCUCAGGUACACUUUGACAUUUUUCAUAAAUAUCAUAAAUGUUUAACAAGCAUGUUUUUUUGUAGUUUUAUGACCAAGUUUUGGUUGGUUUGAGUGUUGUGAAUAACUGACGACUCUGGUCCCUCCAGACGCCUGUGCUCUUAUCGACUGGUUGCUGACGGUGCGUGUGGACGAGAGGGCUACAAUAGAGGACGUGGCUAAUCACUGGUGGGUGAACUGGGGUUUUCAGGAGAGUGUGUGUGACUGCCCCUCAUCUUCACACCAAGAAUGCCCCUCCCCUCUGCUGGCUCGCUACAUCGACUGGCAGAAUCGUGUCACAGUCGCCACCAGCAGUAUGACCGCUGACCAAGGGUGCAUCACCUCAGACUCUCUCCUGUCCUCUCCUCACCCUUUUUACUUCAGCUUGCCUCUGAAGAGCGAUCGUGGAGUGGGUGGAGGGAGAGUACGCAGUGCCAUGUCAAAUGUGAGGAAGUCACGCAAGGAGAAUGUGAUCCCCCAGACUGCACUUGGAGCUUGUGGAGGUGUUUGCGCCACAUCUGCCUCCUCCAUAACCGUUUCCUCCACUUCGAGUAUUGAAAGAAAGAAACCCAAAGGUAUUCUCAAACCUCAGAGGAGUUUUGACUCUGUCUUUCACAGUCCUCCCAAUGAGAACUCUCCGGCCCAGCCUUGUAAUGCUCCUCAGCCUUACCGGACACAAACACUGCCGCAUAUACAAGCCGAGGUCCUGUCCACGAGUCUGCCACCUGUCUCAUCGUUCAGUCAGCCUUCAUCGAAAAUGCCCAAGAAGGGGAUACUCAAGAACUUUUGUAGUGGGGAGUCAGUUUAUGUCUCGUCUUCAGAGAGAGGGCUGACUGGAGCUGAAGGUGAAGAGACAGAAGUGGGUGAUUUGUGCUCAGACAAACAGAGUGCUCACCUCCCAGCGGUAGAAGACAGCCCCACUAUGCGCACAGAGGCAGUAAGAAGGCGGAAAGGCAUCCUGAAACGCAACGGCAAAUUUUCUCGCAGUCUUGAUCUCCCCGAUGGUCGUCAUUCAUCUCCCUCUCCAGUUCCCGCGAUAUUCCCCGAAGCCCUGCAGCAGCUCCUCCAAGCUACAGGGGGCGCCGAUGGCCGUCGCAGCCGCCCUUCCAGUGUGGUCAGCGAGGACAGCCUCUUCUCCUCGGACUCUUUCGACUUACUAGACCUCAGCGCCCAAUCACGGCGCAGGGUCUUCUCACGAGGUAUGCAGCACAGCGCUUGUAGCUCUGAGGAGGACCUGGAGCAGCUGAGGACGGACAGGAUCGGCAGAGACACAGAAAGACAGAGAGACAGAAGAAAAUGCUAACACGAUGAAUGAUGGACACAACCAAAAAGAGUCUAGUAGGCAGUGACAGACAUUAUGAAAAGACUCCCAGAACACUCUGGACAGGUUUUGACAGAAGGUUUCAUCUUGUAUGUGUUUAUAUGUGUGUAGUAUUCAGGCAACUUAAAGCACUGUCUUCUGGAAAAUGUGUUUAUAUUUAAAGAAUAUUCACCCGAUGCAUUCGUAGCUAAGAUUGCCUCCUGAAUCAGAAAGAGAUAGAAGGCCAUCGUUGAUACCCCAACAGGAUCCAGCAUCUGAAGAACUGCAGAAACAAGACCUAGACUUUUCCCUUGGGUUUUUUGAAGGUUUUACAGCUGGUUUGCACAGAAGAGUCUGGAAAAAUCUGUGUCUGGAUGCUGUUUACUAGUUUUGAUGAUGAGUGAAAACCUUGUGUCAGUGUAUAUAUGGAGACAAUAAGCACAAGUGACUUUCAUGACCUUUUGCACAUUCAAAACCAUAGAGGAAUUCAUUUAAGAUGACAAAAAUCAAUGAAGUGGUAUAUAAGUCCAAAUUGUACUUAAUGUUGUUGCACCCUCGUCUUCAGUAGAGGUUAAUCUCAGUUGGAAUGGAGAGGUGAUAAUCCUUUUGUGCUGAGAUUCACAAUAGUAGUAGAAAGCACACCUUCACAUUUUCUUUUGCAGAUUAUCUCUUGAAUUCUGUCAAAAUUUGCACCAAGUUCAAAUGGAAAAAUCUAACUUGAAUGCUCUAAUGUGGGGAUAGAAUGUCACUUCUUGGUGACAUUCAACUUUGUCAAUGCUAACUCUUCCCAUAAAGGCAUAAAAAAAAGGUUACUAUGAUUUACUACAUUGAGUUUCAACACAUUUGCAGGUGACCACUGGAGGAGGAGGAAGAUGGAAUUUACACCAAGUGGUCUUCUUAUUUGUUCACUAACUUCAUAAUUGUCCACGACAUUAUAAUGUGCGUUUAACAAUCUUUAAAUGUUCAUAUCCUGCCUUCACUCGCUGAAUAGGAGGGAAAAGUAAAGCAGUACACCCUUUAUGUAGUCUAUUUGUACUCCACUGUAAUCAGCUGUACAUACUGUACUCAUCAACAAACACGAGGUGAACAGCAGAUGGAUCACUGCGCUCAUUAUGUCACAAACAAUGCUGCUGUUGAUAUUUGUUAUACACAAGAGAUGUGUGGGAUUUUUAAUCCUUAAUUUUCAUACUGUGACAAACUGUUAAUACUGUCGAUUUUGUUUUAAGGAUUUUUUGUGAGUGAGUGUGUGCAGGGGAUAAAUAAAUUAUGUAAAACAGAAUGCAUUCUUUGUUUUUUCUUGUUAGAAAACAAGGCCAGCGAGGAAACAAAUCCACACUCAAAAAGAAUAAAUAAUUCUGAUGAUUUUUCAACUACGGUGAUAACUUUUUUUUUUUUUUUGCCCAAAAUGUUACUUUAAAAGUCACAAAAAUUGACAAAUUCGCUCUUCAAGUUGAAACUUUAAUCUUGUGAUCCCAACACAAACGCAGCUAACUGUGGGCACGUUUCAGACAUUUAUUAGUGAUUAGUUUCUAAACAAUCGCAAACUUAUAAUCUCCUCACUAAUAAUCAUCUUAGGGGCCCUAGAUUUAUCUGAAAACUUUGGUAAGUGAUCUGAAAACCCUCGCUUGGGUAAAAAUCCCUGCUUCACAGUAAAUUUGUAAAUAUUAAGAAAGUAACUCUGUCUUCCUUUUGCCUCCUCAUGCCAUAAGUAAUUAGUUAAUUUUUGAUUUGGACGUUAAGUCCUGGACUGUGCGCUCAUAAUGCUCAACUCGUCAUGGUCUCCUUCACUGCAAAUCUCAUUGACACUGAGGCAAACGCUUGGCUUUAACAGUCAGAGGAGGAUCACAGCAGGAUAACAGCAGCUUUAAGUCCUGUGCGGGCCUCCUGUCAGUCACACUGCUAUUUUACCAACCUGGCACAGACCCACAGGCCAAACACUCUGUAAAGAUUCAGAGGUAUUCCAAACAUCUGCUACACUUACUAAUGCAAACCAAAGGAAGGGGUUCAUAGUUUGGUCUUGCAGGCCUGGAGGCUUUUCCUUCUGGGCCCUUCACGUGUGGAUAAAAAGUACUACUAAGUGGACAAAGCAGCUCAACUUUCCUGGGUUUUUAGGCUGAUUACUGGGGCUCAGGCAGGUGGCAAACAGGGGUAUUAUGUUGAGGAAAUCUUUUACCCGCAUACUGUGAGUCCUGGAAUUUUUCUGUUUGCUUGCAUCACUGUCAGCAUCAAAAAGACGAACAUUACUUAUUUUUUUAGUUGAAACUGAUGCAGAAAAACACAAAAUGAUGUGACAUGUCAUACACAUAAAUUCAAUAAUACUUAACAUUUAGUCUUUAAGUACAGUAUGAUCAGUUGUCAUGAUGUGGUCUGUUAAUUUAGUUUUUCCCUGGUUUUGUUAUCUGAGUGUAUUUUCUUUCUUUGUGUUUGACCCUGUUUCCCUCAUGUUCCCAGUGUUAUUCUUUAUAUCAGGUCUGAGUGUUUCCUGUUUUAUUUUGUAGUAGUUGAUUCCUUGUGUUUCUAGUCUGGUUUUACCUCCCUAGUUUCCCCUCCUCUGUUAAUUAAGCACCCAUAAGUUUCACCUGUGUCUCGUUUGCCUCACCUGUUGCUCGUUUCCCAGUGUGUGUAUAUAGUCCCUGUCUGCCCCUCUGUCCUUGUUGGUUCAUUAUAUGUCUGUGUGCGUAUGCUUGUGUCCCCAGUAGCGCCAUGUGAUUUUUGCCCCAGUGAUGUUUGUGGAUUUUUCUCUUUUUGUUGCUUUUUUUCAUUUAGUUCCUUUUAAUUAAUUUGGGUCUUGUUCUUUGUUUAACCCUGCACAUUAUGACAUCAGUUCAAUUUUGUUAUGUUUUAUUAAAGUCCUUAACAAAAAAAAUUAUCUCAGUAGAGAUGAAAAUUUAUCAAUAUUGAUACCAACUGUCACAUCAUCUUGAUAAUGCCAAAAAAGCAUACCCUUAAAAAUGUCUGAUAACAAGUGGAACAAAGCGAUAAGUGUCUGCACAGAUAGCAUCUUAAACCUCUAACUGCACCCUUGCAACCAAAAAUAACCUGCUCACAAGACAAAAGCAGACAAUGAUUUGAACAGCGCUGUGAUGUCCUAAUUUUAGAUAAGACUUGAGGAGAACAUGUAUUUAUAGUUUAAUCUUUAACCUACAAAUUUAUACCAUGCAGCAUUCACCAAACACAAGAGUACAACAGAUGUCCCCUGAUUAGACUUGGGCAGGAGUACGUCUGGAUGUCCAUUAUCCUUACAAAGCUGUUUUUUCAUUACAGAAUAGGGAAAUCUUUUCCGUAAUGAAGGGGAGGCUGAUCAUUUUCUUUUCUACUAUUUUGAUUUAAACCCCAAUUUAGCAAAUUACUUAUUUGAAAAUUUUCUGUAUCAGAGAGAACAUUACUAAAGUUUGCUCCAGCACAUUCAUCCAAGUAGACUGAGCAACACUGACAUCUUGUGGUAAAUGAAGUACUGCAAAGCAGGUGGCUACUCAAGCACCCUAUUGUGUUGCUUCUCACAGAGGUGACUCACGUUGACUUGUGGUUUCUGGUACACAGGCUGAAUCAACACAAGAGGAGGUGACAUUCUGAACCAUCAUGUCUUUUUCAUAAGUUCAGUCAGUUUCAACAAUAUUUUGAGGGUGCUGUUAUAUUGCUGCCGUUUACAUAUUUCUUUAGGGCAGUUUCAUAUUUUGUAUUAUUAAUGAAAUACCCUGAGGCAGGUAUUGUCUUAUUAUCUGACCUAUUCUUAAUCUCCCUAUUUGAUUUGUACAAGGUGUUCAAAGGUCAAAGUUGUAUCAUGGGGGGGUUGACCUGUCUCCACCAAGAGGUAAUAUAAGGGGCGGAGAUGACUUAAGCCGCACCUACGCCAUGUUGCCGGCGAGGCACGAAAAUAUAGCCCAAGAUGUUCCUC